CAAUGGCGAUUACGGUUUUAACCAGAUCGGCAUUCCGUCGCCUUAUCACGUCAACCCACAGACCACUCUCUCAAUGCUCAAACCCAAAGCGCCGAGAUUUCUCUACAAAACAAUCAAAUUCCCCAGAAUUCACGCAGCAAUCCCAGUACAGGAAGCUAAUUUCCCUCGCAGAUGUCUUCCAAAGGUACGGUUUCCCUGCAUCUCAGCUCCACGAUUUGCUUUCAAAGAAUCGAUUUUUAAUCUUCUCCAGUUCCUCCGAUAUCGAAAACUCCCUGAAGAUUCUCAUGUCCUUGAAACGGUCUCAGGAAUUUCUCGUUUCCGUGGUUAACAAUUGUCCUUGGAUUCUGGAUUUUGAGUUCCUCAAGAAUUGGGAAUUAGGUAUUUCGGAACUUGGGAUUCCGAAUGCUAGUUCUUUGGUGAUUCGGAAUGUUCUUGAGGUUUCCAGAAAGUUGGGUAUGGGGCCGGGGGAGGUUUCUGGGUUUGUAUCGCGUUUGAAGAGUUUAGGGUUUAGUGAUGGAACUGUGGCUAGGGUUUUAGAGGAGUUUCCUAUGGUACUUGUCAUGAAUGAGGAUGGAAUUCGGGACAGAAUUGAAUUCUUGGUGGGAACUGGAAUUGAUAAGAACCAAAUUGAUUGGGUUUUUAAUGUGUUUCCUCGUAUUCUGGCAUGUGGAGUGCAAACUAAGCUGAAGCCCUUGUUUGAUGAAUUUGAAGAUUUGGGUUUUAGCCUGGAUGUGGUCAGGAGAGAAAUUCUUAGGGACCCAGGUGUCCUAGGAUUGGAACUAGGGGAGCUCUCCCGAUGUGUGGGACUGCUGAGGACUUUGAAGUGUCGUGUGGUGAUUAAAGAGAAAAUUCAUCGUGAUGGGUCUUUUAGGGCUGGGAUCGAGGUGAAAAGGAAGGUUGAUUGCUUAUGCAGAUACGGUUUGAUACGUGGGGAUGCCUUUAAGAUAUUGCGGAGAGAGCCGCGAGCAAUACUGUAUGUGAUAGAGGACAUUGAGAAGAAACUCGAGUUCUUAAUACACACGAUGAAACUUGAUGUUCUUUGGGUGGUUGAUGUUCCAGAAUAUCUGGGUGUUAAUUUUGAGAAGCAGAUUGUUCCUCGAUAUGAUGUGAUUGAAUACUUGAGAUCUAAGGGUGGUCUUGGAGGUGAGGUGGGUUUGAAGGGUUUGAUCAAACUCAGCAGGCAGAGAUUUUACAGUCUAUAUGUCAAGCCAUAUCCAGAGUGUGAAAAGUUGUUUGGCGGGUUCGCAAGACAAGUGGAAGUUAAAAGACAACAUCCAGUUGGAAUGUGGAAACUUUUCAAGCCCCAAAAAUACCCAGAAUCCAAAGAAGAUCUUAAGAACAUCAAGUCUUUCAUGGAAAUGCUUGUUUAGUGAGGGGGGCCCAGUUUGUUAAACGUAAAUCAAGUUGGUUUCCUUGAACCUGAUCUCAUUGAAUGGAAAUGUUCUACAUGACAGUAGCUGGUGAACAACUUCAAACUUGCUUUGUUGCAAAAGGGAAUUAACGAUCCCAUUUUAAUGUCAGCUUUUUAUAGCUGAGGUAGAAUGUUGCAGGAUUCUUUAUUAGAGAAGACACGUCUCAGAAGAACUAUCUUUGCCAUCAUUAGAAUGUCUAUCUGUUGCAAGGUCUCUAACUUCUGCAAGUUAGUCAUCAUGGUUGAUUGGCUCUGUCCACCAAUCUGAUCAUGGACAUCAGAACACAAGCACCAGGUGCAAGUUCUGAUAGGAGCCAUGCGGAGCUGUAUACUAGAAUCAAUUUCUGUUGCAUAAUUUUCGAGUUCUUCACAAGCCAAUGAUGCCAAGUCCAAAUUGGUCACUGCUUAGCAGUUUCAAUGCUGAAAGAUGGAGGAUUAAAGAGUAAAGACCAAUGUACGUUAUGGUAACAAUGGGCUUGGUUGAGGAUUCUGGAUGGUUAUCCUGCAUUUGGACAUACUUCUUACGUGCAGUUGAAAAUCGAGACAGGUGAUAGAUUGAAACUAUUCACCUCCCUUUCAUACUACUUACUGGAGGGUGCAGGCUUCUAGCAUAGAGUUGGGUUAGAAUGUUGAAAUGAUAAUUACUAGAACGACUCUUGUAUAACGUUAUACAACUUCCAAGCCUUUUUAUGUCUAAAUGUGCCCCUGGGGCAUAAAGCUCCCACUUUUUGAAGGGUUAUUUUUGUAUACAAUCUCAUUCUCAUUUCACUAGUAGACUAUUUCCAUUAUUUGAA